AUGCUCCUCGAACAUGUCAUGCUCUACAUCGCGCUUCCAUGUAUGUCGUUCAGCCUGUUGAUCUACAUCUUCUACGUGUUUAAGCGUCGACAUCGAAUGCAUUUCGAAAUUGGGUACCCCUAUCCGCCAAUGGAUGAUGGUCCCGUUCCAGUGGCGCCGUCGAACGAGGCGGCGCCGCCUUAUAUCGAAGCCGUCACCUGUAGGACGGAGAGUAUAUUCGCCAUCACUGAGCCCGAACUUUCUCGCUAUUACGAUUUUCAAGUGCUCGACGAAUGCUAUCCGCCAAAUUUCAUUUGUCCGCCAACCGAACCACCACCACCAUACCCAGGCCUCGAAAAGGGACCACCACCAUUGGACCCAAUUGUCUAUCAUCGGGAUAUGUAA